ACACCCUGGGAAUGGGGCAUCUGGCAUCGCAGCGGCAGGGCUGGUGCUGGGGCAGGGCUGGUGCUGGUGGAGGACUGGUGCUGGGGAAUAACUGAUGCUGGGGCAGGGCUGGCAGGGUGCACCGUAGCAAAACAUUUAAAAGCGUUUAUCAAUUGAAACAGAAAACAAGCGGUUCUUAUUGGACAAGUUCAGGAAGUUGCUCCCUGUUCCAGUCCUUUUCUUUCUUCGUUUGGUGCCAAAUUAAUACAACUCAGGUGCCAGUAGGCAGGGCCUCUGUUGGAGACUAAUUCAGGGCCCUACAGUAGCUGCAUCCUGGAAAAACAGGAGUUGGAUCAGUCUGUGUAUCAAUUCACAGUCUGGUAACGUUUCAUUAGGGCCAUAUUCAGUCAUUAGACCUUUAGCAAUGACAGUAACCAAAGUCAGAAUUUCAUAAGCAUCAUGUCUACUGUGUUCUGUUUUAAAGCAGAAAUGGGAUUCUUAGAAACCUCUGAAGUGCAGUUACCAUAGUAAUCACUAGCUGACUCUGGGGACUUGAAGGCAUGCACAGAGUCAUAGAAAGUUUAACUAAUCUCAAGAAACUUGAAUUCAUAUCACUUAAAUGUGCAACACUGACUGUUCAGAUUUAGUAAUAUUUCUGCUAGGGAAAUAUAAAUGUGGUACAAUCACAGAUGAGAUGCUGUGAUCAGUACAAAUUUAUAAACAAAAUAUAAGUGUUCAACCUCCGUCCAUUCAAAAUGGUGUUGCAUAUAAUCCACAUUUAAUGAGGCACUUACGGAAAGUAUUAACGGUCAAAGCUUACACCUACACUAAGCUUGAAAGCAGCAGUUUUGUGAAAACAUCCAACUGCAGUUUGAUCAUUUCCACAUUAACUUUACAGAUGCGGCACUUGUAUGUGGUUAUUUGUGACAAAAUUAGUUUAAUAUCAGUGCUCUUAAUGUAGAGAGCUACAAAAAUUAUAGAGGCACCAAAACACAGACACUAAUUGGUCACCAAGUUGGCCUCCGCUGAACAUGUUCUCAUGUAAUGGAAUAGUAGAAGCAGUGUACAGUGCUGUAGUCAAAUAGCCCCGGGGUGAGCCGGUAGAUUCUGGGGGGUUAUGUUUGGACGGUUGCCCAGACUACCAGUGGAGCAUAUCAUUUUUGUGUGUGUGAGGAUUUAAUAGAUUGGUGGAGCUGUAGUCAAUAGCUAGCCUCAUCUUAAUUCUGAGCAUCUCUCUCUCUGGCAGUAAAAGUGUAUGUUCGAGAAACAAGCUCUUUCAAGCCUUUAUGUUUAAAUGGUUAGAUUAGCAUUGUAAAUAUAGAUGUAGGUAAUUAGCUGGAAAUAGCUAGCAGCUUAAAAGUGAUGUUCCAUCCACUCUAAGGUUCUGCGUCCCAAAUGGCACCAUAUUCCUUAUAUAGUGCACUACAUUUGACCAGAGCCCUAUGGGUAGUAGUGGACUAUAAAAGGAAUAGGGUGCCAUUUGGAACUCUGCCUAGAACAAGCAAGUGUAUAGCUGUUUCUGCCAAUGCUAAGGUUAACUCAACUUUAGUGUCACUUGAGACAUUCUCACUGUGUAACAAUUAACUCCACUUUUAGAAAACAAUUGGUCUUUAUUUAUUAAUUAAUUUGCAAUGACAGGUUAAAUGUACUUAUAAACUGGGUGGUUCGAGCCCUGAAUGCUGAUUGGCUGACAGCCGUGGUAUAUCACGGGUAUGACAAAACAUGUAUUUGUUACUGCUCUAAUUACGUUGAUAACCAGUUUAUAAUAGCAAUAAGGCACCUCCGGGGUUUAUGGUAUAUGGCCAAUAUACCACUGCUAAUGACUUUGUCCAGGUACUCCGCGUUGCUUAGUGCCUAAGAACAGCCCUUAACUGUGGUAUAUUGGCCAUAUACCACACCCCCUCGGGCCUUAUUUCUUAAAUGUAUCAUAAUCAUUAUUCUAGCUACAAUACCAAGCUGAAGUUAUGUAACCUUGACAUCACUUUCUCUGUGUUUAUUGUUUCUAGCCACACUAUGUCUGUAUUCACAGAAUCAACUGCAAUAGCACUACAUAAUUCACAUCAAAUCCAUGUGCAUCCUUAGGCAUACCUAACACAGGAUAACACAACACAACAUCAGAAACUCUCUUACUGCUGAAUGCAGUCUGUUGGAUAGGAGCUGUAAGACCCACUUUUAGAAGUUAGACUUGGUGAAAUUCAUUCUAGAUAGGAUUAUAAUAUGAAAAUGGAUGGAAAGCAUUUGAGUGGCACAUAUAAACACAAAUAUGAUAUGACUCUCUAUAUGCAUGCAUGACCAAAGGGGGUCAUACUGUGGGGAAGUCAAGGGGUAGCACAUUAGCUGAUACGCCAAGAGAUCCAAACUUCUUGACAAGGUCGCUAGGUGUCCUGUAAUUUGACUUAUGGAUGUAUUGUUUCCUUUUGUUCCAGGUAUUUCCACGCCAUCUACCUGGGCAUCCGGAGCCGGCGCAGUGGGGACCAUGACCGCUGGAGGUUCUACUGGAGGAUGGUGUAUGAGUUUGCUGACGUCAGCAUGCUGCACCUCCUGGCCACCUUCCUGGAGAGCGCUCCUCAGCUGGUCCUGCAGCUCUGCAUCAUCAUCCAGACCCACAAACUGCAGGCUGUCCAAGGUACUGGUAUUACAACUCUCCCUCUCAUCCCAUCUGUCUGCCACUAUACACAUACUGUAAAUACACAGGCCAUCCAACGUACUUUCUGAAACCACACUUUCACAUACUCUCUCCAUCCCCCACUAUUCCCAUUCAUUGUCUCUGUCUGUUGUAAAUCAGUCACAUUGCACUGUUAAGGUUUUCCUGGUAGGGAUACCACGGUUUAAAAGAACACCACCACCCAAGUGUUCUAUUGUAGGCCAGGCCUGUGUGGAACACUUAUUUGUUAGUGUAAACAAAAGCACAUCAAUGUAAAGUCUGCUCUUGGAAAUGCAGGCUUAAUGUCAUGUUGAGCUCAGAAAGAGUGUGGUCCUCUCUCCGGGGCAAUGAAUCAUGUUUAAUUAUGCUUUCACACGCACACCUCGCACACCUCGCAUGCCUCGCACUUGUAAACGCACACACACACACCCAAGCAAACGCACGCACAGGGGCAGGAAGGCUGGCCACAUGUAGGCCAGUGGAGGGCUUCCAGGCCUGCUGUGGGCUUAAACACUACCACAAGUCUUCCCCUUGUCCAUAGUCCCCACAACUCCACAGGCUUGCUUUGCUCUACCUUCUCUUCUUCUGUGCUGAGCCGCGGGAAGGAGAGUCUUUACUGCACUUAAGAGGCACUAAUGCUCUUUCUGCUGUGCUAAAGAAAAUUGGGCCUCUGACGUUAGAGGAGGGGAGAGGAGGGGAGAGGGGUUUGGAAAAAUCUGUGAUGAGCUUGAGAGGGAGAGAAAACAAUAGAUCCCUGAGGUUAAGAAAGGUGUUAUUUUGAUCAUGCGGCCAUGGCCACAGACAUUCACAUCUCUCUCUCUCUCACUCACUCACUCAAAGUAUCACUGAGAGAGUUAUCCAGAGAGUUAGUUAUCCAGCUCUGUUGCUUGCAGUGAGAAAACCAUAUAGUGCCUUUUUAUAAAAGCAGUGACGAACCAGUGAGAGAAACUGUCAGUAACACAGUGACAAUGCCAAAGGCAUGAGUCUAUGAGGAGAAAACCACUCAUACACUGAAAAAGCUUAGCUGUACAGUGUACCAGGAAGCAGACACUCAUGAACGUUUUAUUUCCACAAUAUCCAUUUCUCAGUGCUGUCAACAGUAAUGACCCUGCUGCUGCUGCUGAAGCAGGUAUUUCCACACAGGCUAUGUCUGAAAUUAAAACAAAUUCCCUAUAUAGUGCUUAUACUAUAUAGUAUCCUGUAUAGUACUUUUGGCCAUAACCUUUGUUGUCCAAAAUGUCCCCCAAUUCCCUAUAACAUAGUGCACUAGUCUGGUUAAAGGUAGUGCACUACAUAGGGAAUAGGGUACCAUUUGGGACAUUGCAGCCCCAGUGCUGCAGUGAUGCUGCUGUGGUUUACAUAACCCUGCCCCUCCUUGGUCCCCAGCCCGCCCCCUUUCCCAAAUUACUAAGGCUUCUGUGAGCAGGAGGAGAGUAAGGAGCAUUACAUAACCAGUCAAAUCACACUGCCCAGUAGCCAGGCAGCACGCUGCUGGACUGUGGCAGCCCGGCAGGUUCCUCUGGCUCUGGCUUCCCUCUCCUCCUCCUCCUCCUCCUCCUCCUCGAGAUGUGCUGCACGUGUGUGUGUGUGUGUGUGUGAGGGCAGAGGAAGGGCAGAGGAAGGGCUUUGCUUCCUUCCGCAGGCACACACCCACACACAUGCACUAAACUAAACGCGCACAAACACACGCACGCAGGGCCUAGCUCCAGAAUAAGAAUCGCAUCCCCCUCCCAGUCCCCUGCCACUCCUGGCCUCAGCCUGUUAAUCAUCCCACUCCACACAGUAGUCAUUAAACCCUUUCAUCACGUCCCAACACCUAAUGGCCUGGCCUGCAUCUAACUGGGUUAAAGACUGUCAUUAAUCAAUGACAAACAAAUACACACAUAUAAAUAGAUAGGCCUAUCAAUAUAGUAGAUAGAUACAGUUGAUAAAAAAGCAUCUGCUUAAAGGCAUAGCUAUAUUAUUGAUAGACAUACAAACAGGAGACAGACAGACAGACACAGACAGACAGUUGUCUACUUUAGAGAAAAGUAGGAACAUGACAGAAAAUCAUUGCGUUCUUCCACUUCUGUCUACACUAAAACGUGUUAUCUAGAACCUAAAAGGGUUCUUCAGCUGUCCCCAUAGGAUAGCCCUUUGAAAAACUAGUUUUGGUUCCAGGUAGAACCCUUUUUGGUUUCAAGUAGAAGCCUUUUGGUUGUGGAAAGGGUUUUACCUGGAACCAAAACUAGUUUUUCAAAGGGCUCUCCUAUGGGAACAACUGAAGAACCCUUUUAGGUUCUAGAUAGCACGUUUUAGUGUAGACAGAAGUGGAAGAACGCAAUGAUUUUCUGUCAUGUUCCUACUUUAUACAUCACGCCAUUCAGUUCUGACAUCCUGAAAAAGAGAGAGCGGACAUCUCUCUUAACAAACUGACUCGGUUUGACUUUGAAGUGAAAUUAAUUAGAAAGCACAGGAGUCAGCCAUAUGUUAAUGUCUGAUAACAAAAUGCAAUUGACUGUAAUGGUCCUGGGUGUUAAAGGCCAGGAACAGGGAGAUAAGUAAUGCAUAUACUGUAGUUACACUUAAGCCCAUAGUGACUAUUUGGGAGACAUUACACAAAGGGUAUCUACAGAAAGGGUAAUUGGGUAACACUUUGCUGUACUGUAAGGCUCCUUGAGUGAGGUGACAGGAUUGACAUUGGCUCUAUAUACAUAUCCAUCCACAAGGAGGCAAAGAGUUUUGAGCGAGGCUGUAAAUAAAAUAUUGAUUCUUUGAUAUGUAUGUACAUUGAAGCUGUCCUAUAUUUGCUCUAUCAUCUAAACUCUUCAUUUACAUUUGAAAGGGUGUUUGGAUGGCUUUCAUUUUAAACUUUUGAAGCUGGAUUUAUUUAUCCAGUUCCAGGAUAAUUAAUUGAUUAUGUAUGAGGUUGUUGCUACAUGGACAAAAAUGUCCAUAGCAGCCAGUCACAUCAUAAUCCAGGAUCUAGAUUAGACAGACAAGUCUCUUCCCACAGCAGUCUGCAGUCUAGAAGGAUGGAUUUCGUUUUGUGCCCCAUCAUCAUGUUUUCUCUUACUUUCUGGAGUAAAACCAAAGCCAUCUCUGGUAAAACUGAAAUGGAGAUAUCCAGGACAGCUCUACCACCAGACAGAGCACAGCUUGUUGCCAGAUCUCUCUGUGUAACUCUUUAUUGUAAGAGGAGCCAAGGGAGCUGCGUUGAAAUAAAUAGCAAUCAUCUCCAUUUAAAUGUGAUCUGAUCUAUUAUAACCUUUAAAGUCACAAUAUGCUCACAGGUUGAUCAAGAACUAGUCCACACAGCCAGGCCGCUAGACUAUUGGAUAAACUGGGGUGUCACGGAUUCCGCCGAGGCUGCUCCUCCUCCUUGUUCGGGCAGGCUUCGGCGUUCGUCGUCCCCGGAGUACUAGCUGCCACCGUUGAAUGUUUCUAUGUUUGAUUGCUUUUGUCUGUCUAUUGCACCUGUGUCCGUUUGUGUCUGAUUAUGUGUUCUAUAAGUUGCCUGUUUUGUAUUGGUUAGGUUGUGUGUUGUUUUUCGCAUGUCAGUUGGUGCUGCGUGUUUGCUCUGUUUGUUGUUUUGGAGUUUACGCACAGUUUGCGUAAUCGCUCGCCUCUGUGUGUUUUUGAGGCCGUUUAUUGUAUUUUUGCCUAGUGGUUUACUAGUAAACUUUGUUGGACUAAGCUUCGGUGUCCUGCACCUGACUUCCACACCACACUUACAUCAGCCCUUGACAUGGGGUCAUGCGGCACAGCUCAACCAGUAUUCAUUUCCCAGUUUGCUUCACUCUCUCUUUGCUCUUGAGGAUGUAAUAAAGCAAUGAAGCAAGUGUGUUUACUGAGCGGACUAGCUGGCUCACUUUAUAGGAAAGAGUAAGUAGCUGUCAUGCCCCGUAAUAACGACUGUUCCUCACUUCUUAUUUGAACAAUGAUUGAAUAGCAUGGUUUAUUAUUAAGCUUCCCAAAGAAAAUGGAGAGUGGACUGGAUGGGGACAUCCCAUUCUGAACAGGCUGAUGGAAAACAAGCCUUAGUUUUUAAUUGGAUACAAACCUGUUGCAAUUAAGUUUUCAUUGUGUUAAUAGGAAGCUGUCUUCAUUAUGCAUGGACCAACAGCACCAUUGUAUAAUCGCCAGAGAGAGAGAGAUCAAUGAUCACAAAUGGCACACUAUUCCCUAUAUAGUGGGCGGCUCUAUAGGGCUCUGGUCAAAAGUAGUGCACUACAUAAUGCAGGUGUAUUCAACUCUUAACCUACGAGGUCCGGAGCCUGCUGGUUUUCUGUUCUACCUGAUAAUUAAUUGCACACACCUGGUGUCCCAGGUCAAAAUCAGUCCCUGAUUAGAGGGGAACAAUGAAAAAAUGCAGUGGAACUGGCUUCGAGUUCCAGAGUUGAGUUUGAAGGAUAUAGGGAAUAGGGUAACAUUUUGGAUGUAUCCCAGGAUAUUUAUGUGGUCCUCCUCCAUGUGAUUUAAAGGGUCGCAUGAACUUGAAUGGUGCCAAUUAGCCUCCUAUUGCUCCUACUUUCAGUGUUUGCAGUCAGAUUGUAGUCUAAAGAGUUUCCCUUGAAUCCCUAGGGCAGGGGUAGGCAACCCUGAACCAGGUGUGUUGAAUUUAGGCAAUCACAGAACUGAUCAAUUAGGUCAGGUGUGGUGCCUAUAUUUGAAACAGAAUCCUGCAGUACCUGUGGCACUCCAGGAACAGGGUUGCCGACCCCUGCCCUAGGGGGUUACGGUUACGGAGGAAUAAUAAACAGUAGAUGUAUUCAAUAGGAUUUAACAAAAAGCUAGUAAAAUGCAGUAAUUUCAGUCCGUCCACUUGUGCUCUUUGCCUCUUGCACUUAGUCAGACCAAAGGAUUGUGUGUGUGUGUGUAAAGACGUCUCGGGGCGGUCGUCUGUGUGUACAUGCAUGUGUAGGCUGUUUUCUCCCUCUGGUAUGGAGGCCAUUCUCCUCUCACGCUUCAUAGAGGACGAUCACUCCAGCACCAUGAGCACUUGGCACUUGAACCAUGGCACCCAGCUCCUCAGAGAAACCCAGUGUCAUACAGCCAGGGAUCACUAGACCUCUGCCAACACCACAGCCAUCUUUACUGGAUUUUACUGAGUACAAAGCAACAAUAAAGUCCCUCAGUUCAGAUAUUUCAGAGCUAAACACCACCAGUGGGCCCUGUAUUUUACAGGCAGCUUGGAAAAGAAUGGGUUUCAUAUUGAGCUAAUUGCGCUGCGGAGAGUCACUGAGUGGAGGAAUAUAUAAUGUUAUGCAGUUCCUCCUGAAGGGUUGUUUGUCUCCAAAUGUGCUUGGGUGCAAAAAACUUUGUUUGGCCCCCGGUUCUGUUUGGUGUUGCCUUGCUCUGUGACGAGUACUGAGGAUACGAAGAGGCAGGACGCAGACGCAGGAAUCAACAAUGUAAAGGUUUACUUAACAUUGAGCAAGAGAACAAUAAAGAGCGAGGACAUGACACUAACAAUCACACACAACACAACACUGAACAGUCCAGGGCUAUAUAGGGGUGGUGAUGAGGUGCAGGUGCGCUGGAGGUGAUUAGGGUGCGUUGGGUUUCCAUUCCGGUGUUGCCGAGGUGGUGCGCUCAGACCGGUGGCUCAGUAGACCGGCGAAUCAGAGCGCCGGAGGGGAGCAACGGGAGGAGACGUGACAUGCUUUUUGAAAAGUGUUCUCGUUUAAAUACUUCCUGGAAAUGUAUUUUUUCUUCACACAUUUCUUGUGACUCAUCCAUUUGAGACAUUAUACGUACCCGUACAGUAUAUAUUAAAGAGUCGUCACAUCAUGGCAGACUUACAGGAAGGAAAAACUCCACACAUUACUCCCAUGUAGGCUACCACACUCUUUGAUUAUGUUAUACCUGUGAAUGUGAUCAUGACUGUGAGUCUCAUUAGUUUUUUUGUCCUUUCUGUGUCUCCAUAGGAAUGACAGCGGCUGCCUCCCUGGUGUCUCUUGCCUGGGCCUUGGCAUCCUAUCAGAAAGCCCUGCGAGACUCCCGGGAUGAUAAGAAGCCAAUCAGCUACCUGGCCGUCAUCAUCCAGUUCUGCUGGCACUUCUUCACCAUCGCCGCCCGGGUCAUCACCUUCGCCCUGUUUGCCUCCGUGUUCCAGCUCUACUUUGGUAUCUUCAUUGUCCUCCACUGGUGCAUUAUGACCUUCUGGAUAGUCCACUGUGAGACCGAGUUCUGUAUCACCAAGUGGGAGGAGAUUGUCUUUGACAUGGUUGUGGGGAUCAUCUACAUCUUCAGCUGGUUUAAUGUGAAGGAGGGUCGUACUCGGUGUAGGCUCUUCAUCUACUACUUUGUGAUCCUGCUGGAGAACACUGCUCUGAGUGUCCUGUGGUACCUGUACCGCGUCCCUCAGACCACUGACGCCUUCGCCGUCCCCGCCCUCUGUGUCAUCUUCAGCAGCUUCCUCACCGGCAUCGUCUUCAUGCUCAUGUACUACACCUUCUUUCACCCCAACGGGCCCCGCUUCGGACGCUCGCCCAGCCUCGUGCUGGACGACCCCACCGCUGCCUUCACGCUGCCCGCCGAGGGGGCCACCAACUCGCUGAGGUCCAACCGUGGUGCGCCCCUUAUCUCAGGGGACGGCACCAUUGGCAGGGACGGCAAAUACACUGAGAGGGACGGCUGCAUGCCCGUGUUUCAGGUGAGACCCACCGCCCCCUCCACGCCGUCCUCCCGCGCCCCGCGCAUCGAGGAGACGGUCAUCAAAAUAGACCUGUGUCGGAACCGCUAUCCGGCCUGGGAGAGGCACGUACUGGACAGGAGUAUACGCAAGGCCAUCCUGGCUAUCGACUGCUCCCCCACGCCGCCCAGACUCCAGUACAAAGAUGACACUACAGUUCAGGAGCGCCUGGAGUACGAGACCACGUUG